AUGUUCAAGAACACCUUUCAGUCGGGAUUUCUCUCAAUUCUUUACAGCAUAGGUAGCAAACCAUUACAAAUUUGGGAUAAAAAAGUCCGGAAUGGGCACAUAAAGAGAAUUACAGACAACGAUAUCCAGAGUCUUGUGCUAGAGAUAGUAGGAACCAAUGUCAGCACCACUUACAUUACAUGUCCUGCAGAUCCAAAGAAAACUCUUGGUAUCAAACUACCUUUUUUGGUUAUGAUUAUAAAAAAUCUCAAAAAGUACUUUACGUUUGAAGUACAGGUUUUAGAUGAUAAAAAUGUUAGAAGAAGAUUCCGCGCAAGUAAUUAUCAAUCAACAACUCGUGUAAAACCUUUUAUUUGUACUAUGCCCAUGCGUUUAGACGAGGGAUGGAAUCAAAUCCAGUUCAAUCUUGCCGAUUUCACCAGACGAGCAUAUGGAACUAAUUAUGUUGAAACACUGCGGGUUCAGAUUCAUGCAAAUUGUCGAAUAAGAAGAGUAUAUUUCUCUGAUAGAUUAUAUUCCGAAGAUGAACUACCUGCUGAAUUUAAGUUGUUCUUACCAAUACAGAACAAAGCAAAAGCAGCAGUAGCAACCUAA